GGCCUUCAGAUAUUAAUACUUCAGUUAUUUACCCUUAUUCCUGCGAAGCUACAAUUUACACUUAUUUCCAUUCAAUCCAAGUUUAGAGAGACACGAUGUCGGUGACUCUAGUGAACAAACAAGUCGGGCAAAUUGGCUUCGGACUAAUGGGUCUUACCUGGCGGCCAAACCCUGCUCCCUACGAGGAAGCUGCCAAAGUGAUGAAGCAUGCCUUGGAGAAGGGUGCAAACUUCUGGAAUGGCGCGCAAUUCUACGGACCGCCCCACGCUAAUUCUCUGCAGUUGCUGGAGUACUACUUCACCCAGUACCCCGAGGAUGCCGACAAGGUAGUGCUCAGCAUCAAAGGAGGUAUGACUCCUCAAGGCCCCAAUGGUACUCGCGAGGGUAUCCAAGCCAGUGUCGACAAGUGUCUCGAGGUGCUUAAGGGUAAGGUCAAAAUCAGCAUCUUUGAGCCAGCCCGCGUUGACCCCAAUGUUCCGAUCGAAACCACUGUGGAGGCCUUGGCUGAGUAUGUCAAAGCCGGGAAGAUUGGUGCGAUAGGGUUGAGUGAAUGCAGUGCAGCUACCAUUGAGCGUGCUCAUGCUGUUCACCCGAUUGCGACUGCUGAAAUCGAAUUGUCCUUGUUUUCAACCGAUCCAUUGACAAAUGGCAUCGCUGAAACCUGCGGCAAGCUAGGAAUCCCUUUGGUUGCCUAUUCCCCGUUAUCGCGUGGCUUCCUCACUGGCCAAGUGCGUUCUCCCAGUGAUAUCCCGGAAGGUGACUUGCGCGCCCACUAUCCCCGAUUCCAGCCAGAUGUUUUCCCUCUCAACCUGAAGUUGGUAGAGGAGCUCGAACAGAUUGCGAAGAAGAAAAGCGUUACACUGCCACAGGUAGCGAUUGCAUGGGUUCGCGAGCAGAGCAGAACCCCAGGCAUGCCAGUGAUCCUUCCAAUUCCAGGCUGUACUACGGUAGCCAGAGUGGAUGAGAACCUGACUUCAGUUCCGCUGGACGAUGAUGACCUCAAACAAAUCGGUUCUAUACUCGAUCAGUUCCCCGUCCAUGGAGCACGGUAUGGCGGGCAUAUUGCCAAGUACAUGAGCGGGUGAUUUAGAUUCUCAAUCAAUUUAUUCUAGCUGUUU